GCAAUGCCGGUGAAUCUAAUUUGGGGACGUAGGUUUAGCGGAGGUUUUAGGGUACGAUUCAAAGAGAGCGCGAGCGAAAAUGGCAGCUUCAAUGGCUUCAAUUGCGGGAAGACGAAUAAGUGUGCGUUUCUUAUGCAGAACCUCGACGAAUUCGUCUCCAAGGAGACUCUCUUUUGUUGGCUCGCUCCGCAACUCAAAUUUCACCCUUCUGCGCACUCCCAUUACCCACACUUCUCCUUUAAGGUUGCUGCGAAGAGAAUUGAGCUCUCUAAAACCCGUACACAGCGCAAUUGCUUCUGCUUAUCUUGUUUCCAAGCUUCCCUACAAUGCCAGUACCCCUAACGAAGGAAGAUUCGCUAACUAUAUCAGUCCCAUCUGAUAAUGGGUGGUGUGGAGAUGAGGUGUUCUUUCGUAAAUUUUUGAACAACCUAGUUUUCCUAUCACUAUGUGAGGAUUCAGAAUUUAGGUUUCUAGACCAAGAGCUGAGCAGGUUUGGUACUUUGAAUAGUGAGAUCUUGAUGGUCUUCUAGUUCUGCAACUCUGACAUAUGUUUGUAACUUUGAUAAGUGUAAUGGUGUUUUUAUAUCGUCUUCAAAAUAAUAUCUACAGAAACAUUUGAGAAUCACAUUGAAACAUGAGAUUGCUUGGACAAUGAGAAUUAGAGCCAUGUUCCUA